AGCAGCUGUGUCGCUUGGUGAUGACGUAGGAGGCGACUCGCCGGGCGCAGUUCUCAGUCAACAACAACCAAACAUCAGAUUUACUCCGGUUAACAAGCCGUCGGGCGGACACGGUGAAGCUGUCGGGAUGCACACGUCAGUGCGUGAAGUCCACAUCCCAUCAGAGCCCGACUCCUCCUACUUCCUGCGUGUGGACUGGAGUGGGCGGGGCUUAGGUUCAGGCUUCCAGUUGCUGUUGACUGAUGGACAGGAUGCUUGGAGAGGAGACGUGAGCGAGGCAGCGGUGCGAGGUGAGGCAGAGGAGCUGGAGAUGACGACAGAAAGGUACAUCCAGGACCUCCAGCAGGCGCUGACCGAGACCGAAUCCUCCAUCACGUACAGCUUCAGCCUGACGCCGUCUCCACCCGACCGCAGCUCCACCGUCACACUGGCGUACGAGAAGGUCCAGAAGGACAUUUCUUUCCGGCUGGGUUCUGUUCUGCUGAAGGUCGUUCCUGAGCCGGCGAAGGCAGUGAGAGAGUUACUGAUCCACAGUCUGCAGAGGGGAAACACACUGGAGCACAGCAACCAGAAACUGGAGGAGGAGAACCAAAGACUGAGCCGAGAGCAGCAGCGCAUCACUACAGAACUGAAGCGUUACGCGGGUGGUAAAGAAGACCUGGAGGCAGAGCUGUUCUCUCGGUUCAUCCUGGUCCUGAAUGAGAAGAAGGCGAAGAUCCGCAGUCUGCAGGAAACUGUCACAAACCUUCAGGAGACGAGGAGGUCUAAUGGACAGAAAAAUGAAGAUUCAGUAAAGUCGGGCCGAACAUCAGGUCAGGAGGAGGAUGAAUAUGGAGGCAGUACUGAUGAGGAGCCCGAGGAAGAGCAAUCAGCCGCAGCCUCCACUUCAUCAACCCGUGAGUCCUCUGCUGCGAGCCCAUUGGACGACAGCCUGAAGGACAUCACAGACGUGGCCCCCUGUCGCAAGCGGCGCUUUCGUCACCUCGGGCCCCCCGAUCCCCCCGUUAAAAGACCGAGCCCACAGCCUUCCCAGAGAAAGAGAACCGACCCCCCUGCAGGAUCCAGUAAGCAGCAGACUCCCCAACGCGCCACAGAUGCUGCAGCAGCAAGUUCAGCAGCCGAGGACCUGUUUGAUGACUUCUGACCCUCCUCCUCCUCCAGACGGGUUGAACUUCCCUAAAGAGUGUUAAAAAAAAAACUAUUACACUGAUUUCAAUCAUAGAAAUGACAUUUUUUAUACCGAAUCCACAUUUUAAAGGUCAUGGAUUGCAAUAAAUGUAUUUAUUAGGACUGUUUCUGUUACAUAUUGUAAAGGUGGGUGAUGAAUGAAGUGGGGAAAAAAACAACACAGUGUCUCAGUGAGGUGCUGUUCUUACAGGAACCUCCAGAACAGCUCCAGUUCUCCCUGUUGUCCAUCUCUGGUGGAACCAGAGUCAUUAGUUGGGCUCCCAACUAUCUACAGAAUCCCUAAAAUCACAAGAACCACUGGAGGAUUCUUGAGUGAUGCUAAAACCGUCAAAAGGAAAGAAACUUUCUGAAGGAUCACAAGAACAAUGCUAAGGAAUUCUAAACACAACAUGAUUGUUAGAACCACCUAGAUGUUCCUAAAUGAUCACUAGAACCACUGAAAGAUCCUGCAAGAACCGCCUAAAGUAACCUCAGAAGCUCCAAAAGGGCCAUUUUAAGGAAACAAUAGCACAAAGUAGCACAAAGAAACCCUAGAAGAUCCUGAAUGAUUGCUGAAACUGCCUAGAGAGAACCUACAGAAUCCUGAAGAAUCCUAGAACCUCAUAAGAGGGUCCCUAGAACACCCUAAUUGAUUUUUUUGGACCACCAUAUGGAACCCUAGAUAACACUAGAGCCUCCUCAAUGAUCAUCAGUAGCAGCGAACGAAAGGAACCACAGAACCCCCCCAAAAAUGAUUUUUAGAGCAAAAACUUCCUGAAGUUUGUUGAACCAACUCAAAGAACACUAAAACAUUUUUAAAUGGUGACUAAAACUGCCCGAAACAAACCCGUAGAACCUCCUCAAGGAUUGCUAGAACCAGCCAAAGGAACCCUAGAAGUCUUUAAGUUGUUGCUAAAACUGACGAAACCCUGUAACAGUUUCAGGGUUUGUUAGAACUAACUAAAGAAACCCUACAUAUAUUCUAAAUUCCUGCCUAACGACAACCUUGAAAUCUUCACAAGGUUUGAAAGAACCAACUAAAUAAACCCCAGAACAUCCUGUGAUCUGUUGGCUGCGCUCAUUUCUCCAGGUGUUCCUCUUAAUUUGUCACCUGUCUGUGGUUCUGCUGAAUCAUCAUGUAUUUUUAACACUGGGAAGAAUUCAUUAAUGUGCUUCAUGAACUGGUACUAUUGUGAUUUUUACACGUUUUACAGACUUGAAAUUGUUAUAUUUUUACCAAUAAAAAGUGAGACUCUUG